UCCAAAUACAUUACCCCAUGCACACUAUAAAUUCUCUUUAAUCCUACCCCCUUUAUCUCGUUUUCUUCUCCAUUUCUCCCCAACUUCCCCUCCUUCUUCUCUCUCAGUCACUUCACUACACCUCUCUCUCUCCUUUCCCGCCAAAACCCCUCUCUGCUCUCCUUAUAUCUGCUCUUUUGUCAGUCUCAAAGGGACAACAAACAAACCAACCUUAUUCUCUCACUCUCUCACUCACUCACGCUCAUCCCUUGUGUCUAUCUGUGUUACCUUCCAUCAAAAGUGGACUAAGAUUUUUUUCUUUUCUCAUUUUAACAAAGAGCAUCCUACCAAAGUUGGCUAUAUUCCCCUCAAUUUCUCUCUUUUCCCUCUCUCAAUUGGAAUAUUAAUCUCUAGAGACCAAAAGCAAAAGUUGCAAUUUCUUUUUGUUCAACCCAUAUCUUGGUUUCUUUCUGCAUCAUCACAGAAAAAAAGUUCCUAAUUCCUCCAAGAAUAUCUACUUGUCCACUAGAUCCACUUUUCCCCCUCAACCUUCCAAAGCAUCAGCAUCUCCUUCCACACCCUUAAACCCUCUUUGCUUGUUUGAUUCUCUCCAUUUCAAACACUGCAAAACCUUCCAUUUUGCCCCUCCAACAAACACAAACAAACAGCCUUUGAAAAAAACACCCAUUUUUAGACAUGUCCGUACAGUCAACACUGAAGACCAAGAAGCUGAUCAAGCUAGCAACCCCAAGUUCAGUUUUUGAAGACGACCCACCAUGCAAAAGGAGAAGGAAAACCCAGAAGAAGCUUGUCCGGAUCAUAGUCACUGACCAUGACGCCACUGAUGAUUCCGACUCUUCCAGCGACGGAGAAAGAGCAAACACCACCGCCACAAAGAGAGAAACCACCACCUUCACCGUCAAAAUCAACUUCCCCUUCACAAACACCCUUUCUUCUUCUUCCCUAUCUCCCUCUUCUUCAUCCUCUCUCUCUUCUUCCUCUGAACAAAGCCUGAAGAAGCUCAAGAGGGUUAAGAAGCCAACAACGCCACCGUCUGCAGCCACGCGCCGCAGCCACAAGUUCCGCGGCGUCCGGCAGCGGCCGUGGGGGAGAUGGGCUGCUGAGAUCCGCGACCCGAGCCAGCGGAGGCGGCUCUGGCUGGGGACGUUUGACACGGCGGAGGAAGCCGCCACGGAGUACGACAAGGCGGCGGUGAAGAUAAAGGGCCCCAACGCCGUCACCAACUUUCCGAAUACUCCCAAGGAGGAGCCGAAAACGCCGACGGAGGAGCUAACAGCGCCUCCUCCGGUGUCUGACGGCGGUGCUUCAUUCUCCGACGUCCUGGCCUCGCCGACUUCUGUUCUUCCAUACGGCGGCGACUCGGAAACGUCGUUUAACGGUUUCCGUUACAUCGACGUGGACGCGCUGGGGCUGAGCAUCGACGCGCCGUUAAGUUUACCGGACGUGGACGUUAUGCUGACGUGUCACCAGAAGGAAGAAGCGUUCGAAGAGUUCAACCUCGACGAGUUUAUGACGUGGCUUUACUAAAUAAAUAUCCCAGGGGCAUUUUUGUCUAUUCAAUGAUGCAGUUUUCGGUGUGCAAUGUUGCGAAAUUCCUCAACUGCCCCUCUCGUGAAGUUUUGUUGUGGUGAAAGAAGAGUGUAGACUGUAGAGAGUAGUGGUACAAAUAUAAAUAGCGGCUAUUAUUAUUAUUUUUAUUUUUUUUCGUUUGAGAAUAUUUGUCAGAACUUUAUUAUUUAAUUGUGUAAUUAUUAUGGAUGUGGAAAAAUAGGGAAAAAAACUUUGAAGUGUAUUGACGAGUGCGUGAGAAUUGAGAAGAAAGAAAAGAUGAUAUCAAAGCAAGUUGGAAUCUAUUUUGUAAUUUAUAUUAUAUUUAUUUAUAUAUAGAAAUGGACAAUUAUUAUUAAUAUAAAUAAAUUUGGUCUUGUCAGAA